AUGAACGACUGGUGCAAGAAUCAGUUUGGCUGGGACAGCGCGACCCAGCAGGCCAAACCGGGCAACCUCGCUGAGCAGGUGCAGAAGUCUACAGUCAGCCUCGCACAAGCAGAUCAGAUGCUCCACGAGUUUCUUGCCAGGCACGUAAAGCAAGGCAGGGGCGUUCUGGCCGGGAACACUGUGCAUAUGGACAAGCGCUUUCUGGACAAGUUCUGUCCCAAAUUUACUGGUCACAUGCACUACCGGCUGGUGGAUGUAAGCACUAUCAAG